AUGACAGGGAACAGUCGCCUCAUGCUGCGCCAUUUUCCACCUCCCAGCCGCCGGGCGCGUUCUGUAGCAUUGCUCCUCUGCGCUGUCCCGGGGUGCUUGCUCAAGGCAUUCACUCCUGGGAUUCGUGCCAAGAGCUUUGCUGGGUCUUCAGGCACAAUCCUGGCCAAGCAGCUGAAGCUACAGCAUUUUCCACAAGGCAGACCGGAGCUCGUGCGGCGCCAGGCAGUCUUCAGCGUGUUGGCCGAGGAAGUGAACAGCAGACCGAGUUUCUUCUUUGGUGAAGUCUUCAUCAUUGUCAUUUUAUCUACAGGUUUUGAGAAGGCAGAGAACUGGUUGCGCAAAAGGCUGAAGUUGUCUGGUGAUCGAAUUGGAAAGGAGAUCUUGGAUGCACUUUUCAGGGAGAUCACGAUUUUGGGGUUCAUUGGUUUGCUCUUGUUUGUGCUGACGCAUUUGCUGCCAGAAGACACACCGCUCAUUUCUUUCGGCGCUGAUGAAUACAACAUCUUGCCCGAGACCUUCGAGUAUGUGCACAUGGCCACAUUCCUGCUGCUGGUUGUGCUGCUUUUCCAAGGUUUCGCGGUGCUAAAGCUAUCUCGCGAAACAGCAGAGACCUGGGCCGAGUACGAGAGUGCCCGUGCAUUCGGAAAGAGCAAAAGGUCCAUGGAGUCAAAGCUGGUUGAAGAUGGCUAUUUGGAGAGAGUGGACAAUCCCUUCUCUGCAACCGGCUUUGAGCUUCGUGCUGUGAAGCCCUUUACCUAUGGAACUACGCUUCUGGACCGGAUUUCCCUACGCUUCAAGGAAUCCCACAAGCUCGUCAUGUGGCGUGCCAUUCGCCACGGAUUUUUAUUCGACGGACCCCAGAGUGAGCUCCUGGUCAAGGAAGGGGGCGUGAUCCCGGGGCUGUUUAGCUUCGAGUCCUUCCUGGAGCAGCAGUUGGGACAGAUUGUGUUGGCAUUGGUUGAGGUGGAUGUGUCCACUUGGUUUAUCUCCAUGGUGGUGGUUGCUAUCGUCACUGGAAUAUGCCUGGCGCUGGAUUCUGUGAAUGCACAGCUGAUGCAAUGCUUCUGUUGCUGGGGAUUGUUUACCAUUGGCCUAAUCUACUACGUCGUCCUGGAGGAGGACACGUGGGAGCUUACGCCUCAGGUGCCAGAGGAUCCACGAGAGGUACUGCGCCUCUUCUCUGGCACCUCCAUCCAAAUGCUUCGCCGAUCCUCGUGGUUGGGACGCAGUCCCGAGGAGGCAGUUGCCAAGAUUCUCAGCCUUUCAGGGAGGCGUUUUCGGCCAAUGAUGCCUGGAGUAGAUGGCAAAGCAUGGCCACGAAUUCGGCCGACUCCAAGAGAGGAGCUAAACCUAGAUUCGGCUUUUUAUCUAGUUCAAGAUUACACUGUUGCCUUCAAGCUACUCUGCUUCCUGCAAGCGGCCGUAGUCGCUUCCCUGAUUGUGGAGCUGUUGAAUGGAAGCAUUCAUGGACCGGACAGAACAAUCCCCUUUGCUUUAGCAAGCAUCGAGUGGCCCCUCAUGUUGUUUUGGCUGGUGCCCAGCUUGGUCCGGCGGCUGACGCUUCGCGCUGCGCUCACUCGCACGAAGUCCAACAAUUGGUUUAAGGACAAGCAGCGAGGGCUGGUGAGACACGUGAUGGUUGCAGGGAUCGAGGGCUUGUUACGGGACUGCACGCGUCUGAUCCAUCUUCAGGGCAUGGAAUCCCGAGCCUUUCUAAUUGGCGACAUUUGGGCGCAGCCAGAUUCAGUUUCCAAGGUCCUGACAGGCCAAUCUCGAGCGUACCUGAGGUCGCACCUGCAAAAUGUGGCCAUAAGCAAUGUCAACCGUGGGCAAGCGCUGUUCAAUGAGCUACCUCCCAACUUGAAGUCGGAGGUGUCGAGCAUUUUCACCAGUUGGGAUGCGGCAAACUCAGGAGUGGUUGCUCCCAUGGAGCUGGCAAAAAACAUGGAGAUGCUGGGUUUCAGUGCAACAGCCAAUCGGCUUGCUGAGAACCUGAUACGACUGGUGGACAACGAUGGCAGCGGACAGCUGACCUGGAAAAAAUGUAGAGCCUUGUUCAUGCUGGCCACAGCCGGGCGACCGAUGGAGGAACGGCGGAGAGAUUUAACAACAUUCUUCUCGAGAGUGAAGAAGAGGAAGCCUCAUGAAGCAACUGUCUUCGAGCUUGCAGAUGCCUUGCCCUUGCACAGCAUCACGCCUGAGGACCUUUCUAGUUUGAUGUACCGCCACUUUGGCCGCGUGAAGCCAUCAGUCACAAGAGCUGAAUUUGUUGAGUGGAUUGAGGCUGUUGAGCAAUCGAGGCCAUUUGACUAG